AUGUGGAUUCUUGAUUCGACCGGUGAUUUUCUGGAAGGGAAGCGCGUGUGGCUGCGCCCUGGAAAGAGGUAUCUAUUCGGUCGAUUCCAUCGAGACGGAGUCCGCCAUGCUGUCAAUCAUAAUUCGAUAUCCCGCAAGCAUAUGACCAUUGAAAUCUCACCGGUCAGUCCGCGAGAUGGGUUGUCACUACGAGCGCGAUCCAAUAUCACCAUAACCGAUUUAGACUCGAAGAAAGGAACAGUCGUUGACGAGAGGAGAAUCCAAGGAGAAUGCAAGUUGGAGAAGAGCGAUGAGCAUCUCAUCCAGCUCGCUAAAUACCAGCAUGCGCUCCGGAUCAAAUGGGAGCCCGUGGUUCUGACCUUGUCAUCCUCCUCCAAGCAGGUGCGAGGUGAAGAUCCUCUAGCCCAUGUUCGCUCACGUCUAGAAGACCUCGACAUUAAGACCAUCAUGGAUUAUAUUGUCGAUCACACAACACAUGUGGUACAGCGCAAACGGAAUACAGCUAAGGGUCUUCAGGCACUCGUCAACGGGAAGUACAUAGUAGAUGAUUCAUAUAUCGAUGCACUCGUCUACGCGGCUACCCCCGGGGAUCUUGAGAACAUUGAGUCGCUAUGUCCACUUGAAACCGACUUCGAAUUAGCAUGGCCCGAUCCAAAUCAACACCUUCCGCCCCCCGGGAAAGAACCAACCCAGCGUCCCGCCGCUGCUUUCGCUCCCAAUCCCGCACGUAUUAAUGUCUUUGAGGGAUAUACGUUUAUUUUCGGUGAUCCAAGCCAGUUUGAAAACCUACAAGGUCCAAUCAACAAUGGCCAAGGGAAGGCGCUCCUCUACGAAAUUGAAGAUGGGGUCACAACUGCCGCAGAUAUUGUUCGGUUUAUAAAAAAGGCAGCAGGACAGAAAGGCGUGGGCCCCGAGCGACACGGUUCCGGUGGCGUCGUUCUUGUUCGCUUUCGAUCGAAAGGAGACCUCGAACAAUGGUCUAUUGACGUCGGUAAUGAGGUUGCUCUAAUGAUGGACCAGCGCGUGAUAGAGCAACGAGAGUUCCUUGACGCUAUCCUUGGAAAUGAUGCAUCACCCCUCUGCCGUACCUUGCCCACGGAGGAGAGCUCUAGUCAGAUCACCGCAUCUACACCCGCGGUCGAGGCUGAACAAACAAGCCAACAAGCAGUUUCUGCCGUACCUGAAUCGGUAGAUCUGCCUAACUCUGAGCCUAGUCAACCCUCGAAAGCUCCGGCCAAGACCCGUGUGCGUGCAUACGUCAGUAAAAUGAAAACCUUCGAUGACGGAUUCGACAUGGAAUCUGUCCCAGUGUAUGCACCUGAAGAAGAGGACACCAAUAUCAACUCCACUCAAACCAUCGAUAUCGAAACUCAAGCGCCAUCUCAAGAAAUCCAGCCCCUGAAUAUAGUAAAGGAAGAGGCUGAGGAGGACAUGGUGGCUGAUCUUCUCCCGGGCGCCCGUGCAAUGAAGCGUCGUCGUGCAGAUAUGACUCGCCAUCACCCAGAGGAUGAGGCCGUAGCCCCCGAAUCGGAGGCCCCGAAACGCAAGCGACCUAAACUUGACGUGCUCGAAGCCGCGCGAAAGCACCGUGAAGAAGAAGAACAACAACGCAAGGCCGAAGAAGACUCACAUUCAGCCGAUGUAGGUGAUGUGGAUGUGGACAAAUUGAAGAACCUGGCUAUUGUGGAAGAAAUGGAGAUUCCCGUCCGGAACGCACCAGCGCACGAGCAUGACAGUUCGGACAGAUGGGAUGAUCAAUGGAAUGGGCGCAAGAAUUUCAAGAAGUUCCGGCGAAAAGGCGAGCCGCGUAGUCGAGCUCGCAUCCAGACAGUGAUCGUCCCCUUAGAAGAAGUGACCCGCAAAGACUAUGGAAUUGGCGAUCACUAUUGGGGUGGCAAUCCUGCUGAGACUUACCCUCAGAACGAGGCUGGAGGUCCUGAAUCUGAUCAUCACGAUGAAGUUGCUCCAUCACGGUCCAAGCUGUCAGCGAUUACACGCACCUCGCUUCAACCGACCUCGGACCCAACUCCGGCUCGGCCCCCGAAGAGGGCUCGCGAGGAGCGCGAUUCGGACAGCGAUGAUGAACUUCGUUUCCGUUUCAGGCGUAAGCGCUAG